UUCAUGUUGCGGUAAACCAACUUGGGGGUUUCAAAUUUGCUGCGGCCAAGAACAACACCAAAGAAAGAGAACGGACCACCCCAUCAAUACCUUGAAGUACUUACUGAGCCGUGAUCAUGUCUGCCACGGCCAAUUCACAACUAACCCGCUCGGCUGUCACCUUGAAAGGCUCGGCCCAAUUGGUCACGCAGUUCUUCAACUACGGCAUCAACUCCAUCUUGUAUCAACGAGGCAUUUACCCGCCAGAGUCUUUCACCCGCAAACAGGAGUACGGCCUAACUUUGUUGGUGUCCACGGACGACAAGGUCAAUGAGUUCUUGAAGGAGCUUUUGACCAAGAUUGAGGGUUGGUUGGAGGAGCGAAAGAUCUUGAAAUUGGUGCUGGUUCUGGGGAGUGUGGAAACCAAAGAGAUCCUGGAACGAUGGGAGUUCAAGAUCGAGUAUGAAACCGAAGAUGGGGGCAAAGAGAAUCAGUUUGUCGAGACAUCCAACAAGGAUGAGAAGAAGAUCAAGGCUGAGAUUCGGGAUGUGAUCCGCCAAAUCACGGCCAGUGUCACGUUUCUGCCCUUACUGGAUUGCUUAUGCUCGUUUGAUGUGCUCAUUUAUACCAAGAAGGACGUUGAUGUGCCGACGGCUUGGAGUGAGAGUGAUGCCUGUCUCAUUUCCAAUUGUGAGGUCGUCAAAUUGAGAUCGUUUUCAACAGGAAUUCACAAGCUAGAGGCGGCUGUGAGCUACAAGGCUGACCUUUGAAAAAGCUGCUAACCCACACUCGGGCAUCGUUUAAGCGCCUUUUUUGCCUUUAUGUCUGAAGUCAAUAUCUUCUUUGACUUGUUGGAACGAAUUCGGACCUCUUGGACUGCCCCAAACCUCUUUAAAAUGCCUUACCUUCAUAUUAACUUCAAUAUACUCAGACUCAUCCGUAUGACUUUAAAAAUACCGACCCAA